ACGGCUGCGCUGCACGGCAGCAUGUAGGCUGCGGGGGGAAAGCGGAGUACAGCGGGUUUAAAUGGGCAAUCUGAUGGGCGGGCUGAGGUACAAGGAGCCAAGCACCGUGGAGGAGUGCGACUCGACAUGGGAAACGGACUCAGAGAGCGAGGAGCAGCCGCAGGGAGCAGAGGAGGACAGCGGCAUUUCGGACAGCAUGAGCCCGAGCGAAACGGCCAAGUGCGCCGAGCAGAUGGACAGCUUUCAGCAGUUUGGUGACACAGUUGAGUUGUCCACUAAGAUGAAAAGAAGCCUUUAUGCUGCCAAGGACCUGUACAAGUACCGCCAUAGUUAUCCGAAUUACAAAGAGCCUCGACAGCUAAACGAGUAUCGCAAUCUGAGGUUCUACCUGAAUAAGAUUCCUCUGGUACCAGACGGAAUAUAUGUUGAAGAGAUCCUCACCAAAUGGAAGGGAGACUAUGACAAGCUUGAGCACAAUCACACCUAUAUUCAGUGGCUUUUCCCACUCAGGGAACAAGGCCUCAAUUUCUAUGCCCAGGAACUCACUCAGGAUGAGAUCAAGGAAUUCCAGAACACUCGAGAGGCCAAGCGACGCUUCUUGCAGGCAUACACCAUCAUGUUGGACUUCUUUGGAAUCAAGCUCUUAGAUAAGAAUGGAAAUGUAUCCCGUGCUCCGAACUGGCAGGACCGUUUCCAGCACCUGAACGAAUCUCAGCACAACUACUUGCGGAUUACGCGGAUUCUGAAGAGCCUGGGUGAGCUGGGCUUCGAGAGCUUUAAGCCCCAUUUGGUUCAGCUGCUUCUGCAGGAAGCUCUGGUUGAGGGUACGCUGCCCAACAUGCGCCACAGCGCGCUGGAGUACUUUGUGUACACGGUGCGAGCUCCUAGCCAGAGACGCGCUCUGCUCCGCUUCGCCCAGCACCACUACCAGCCCCCUGAGAACUUCAUCUGGGGGCCCCCCAGAAGGAGACGUCUACCAGGGGGCAGGGGGAGCAAAACAGAGCCUGCAGUGGACUGGAGUACAAGCAAAGCUAGGUCUUCUAAGCAGGGAAGUCCAAACAGCCCCAGGGCGGAGAAGGGGGAGCUGGAAGGGAGGGAAGGAGGGGAGUGGAAGACAGCAAAGUUGCCCAGAAGCAUUCUGGAGGGCCGUGCAAGGGUAGACACAGAGGAAUACAUUGAAACUGUCCCUCUAUAAAACAGUGGAAUAAGGGGAUUCAGGGAAAGAGCCUUAGAAUAUUAGGAUCAGGCUUAUUUUGGGGACUAGGAAUGGGCUUGGCCCAAAGCAAUAUUAUUCCCUGCCUUGAUUUUCAGUGACUAGCUGUAAGAGAUUUAUGACUCUUUGGCUUUUUGUAAAAUCUGUGAGGAAUCAAUAACUUUCAUUUUGUUUACUUUAAGGUUCACAGUAUUAGCUGAUGACUAGCACAGUAUUAGCUGAUGAUUAGCUGAUUUUUCUGCUGUUUUGUUAGUCUUGCCUGACAUAUUAGACGAAUCGUAGCACACACUGAGAUUAAUAUGUAGAUAUGUGUCUGUUGCCUAAAUUGCCUGUGUGAGUGUUGGUAUGUUUUGAAUCUUUGCCUAUCCAGUCUUCCUCUGUGAGAUAUUGUAACUAGAGGUGGGAAGCACUAUGUGAUAUUAUCACGAUACUUGAGCCAUGAUGCGAUUGUGAUUAUUUUGAUAUGAGAUGUUGCGGUAUAUAGUGAAUUAUUUUUGACACUGUAAAACAUUUUACUUUAAUAUUACAGUAAAUUACUGGCUACUAGUCAUAAAUCCAAUUACAAAAAUGUUUGGGCAUUAUACGAAAUGCUAAUAAAAUCAGAAAGCAGUGAAUAGGUUCAAUGAAAAACAAAAUGUUAUGUUUUACCUUGUGAACAUUACAGUUUUUUGCAAAUAUAUGCUCAUUCCAAAUUUGAUGCCUGCAUCAUAGUCCAAAAAAGUUGGGGCAGGAGCAUGUUUACCACUGUGUUACAUCACCUUUCCUUUUAACAUCACUUAAUAAGCAGUUGAAUGACACCCAUUGAUCCAGUUUUGAAAGCAGAAUGUUUUGCCAGUCUUUUGCUAUAUAAGCCUGCACAACUGUACGGCUCCUUCAUUGUUGUAUUUUGCACACAUUUUCAAAGGUGGACAGGUCUGGACCGCAGGGACGCCAGUAUAUCCCCCACACUCUCUGAUUACACAGCCAUAUAUUUAAUGUGGAAAUAAGCAUGGACGUCCCUGAAAAAGAUGUCAUCUGGAAGGCAGAAUGUGUUACUCCAAAACGUGUUCGCAUUAAUGAUACCUUCACAGAUGUGCAGAUUAUCCACUAAUGCCCUCCCAUACCAUGACUGACCCUGGCUUUUGACCUUUACACUGGUAACAGUCUGGAAGGUCUUUUUCUUCUUUGCAGAACACAACGUCCAUUAUUUCCAUAAACAGUCUGAAAGUUUGGCUUAUCAGACCACAAUGCAUGUUUCCACUGUGCAUCAAUCCAAUUCAUAUGAGACUAAGCCCAGAGAUGUUGGCAGCAUUUCUAGAUGUUAUUGACAUAUGAGUUCCACUGUGCAUAAUACAGACUUCAUUUGCAUUUGUGGAUGCAGCGAUGAACGGUGUUUAUUCACAGUGGUUUGUCAAAGUAUUCCCGAGCCCAUUUGUACAUCUCCAUCAAAGAAGCGUGUUGUUCUUUAAUGUAGUGCUGUCUGAGCGCAAGGAUUUAUAGGCAUUCAGUUGUGGUUUUUGGCCUUAUCCUUUAAGAUUUCUCCAGAUUCCCUGGAUUUUUCAUAUUAUUAUGCACUGUAGAAGGUGAUGCUCAUAAAGGACUCAGCCUUUCCUUUUAUACCCAGGCACGAUUGUAUCUCCUGUUUUAGAGGUUUUUUGAACAUUCCUAGUCUUAAAUUGACCCUGUCCAAACUUUUUUGGAAUGUGUAGCAGGCAUUAAUUUC